CGCCUGCCCGGCCAGCCCCAGGCUCCCGGGAACGUCAGCACGCCGCCGUCUCCGGACAAGCUCCCCGACAGCCCCAUUGGUCGGAAGAAAAAGGCUGACCCUCCCCAUUGGCCCGGCCCUCAUAUUGAACCUGCCAAUGGAAACUGCGGUUUCAGGUCGCCAUAGAGACCGAUGCUGUUAAGAGCCAGAGGGCCUGGAGAAGGUGGGGAGUGAAGAUGAACCAGUCUCUGGCCUCUGGCGCCAGAGAGGGUGAGGGAAAGAAGUACUAGGGGAUUCCCGAACGCCGGCUCUGAAAUCUGGGGCAGGUUUGCUUUGUCAACCCAAUUGUACAUGGUAGGGUUUCCCUCUGGCGUCAAAGGCAUGAACAGUUGAGCCCCUAGACUUAUACUUGACUGUGAGAGCCCAGUAGUGGGCGUUUCACUUUACCAGCUUCUGAAGAGCCGGCAAGGCUAGGCCCUUUGACUUUUGACAUCUGUGCAGCUUCUGCUUCUCCAGAUAAUCUGGUAUGCCGUAUGAAAAAUAGGAUGAGAAGCACCAUGUACAAGCCAGUAGACUAUCAACAAUUGCGGGCUUUAACUGAAGCAAAAAAGUUAGCUUCUGCUUCUACAGAACUAAAGAUUAGAAAAGCAAUGCAGACUUCAAAGACAUCCAAAGAACAAAUGCUUAUAAAACAACACAAGCAAGUGUGGUGGCAGGAACACCAAAGGCUAAACAAAGUCAGGUCCUUCCUCUAUCUUGCUGCCUUGGGAAUCUUUCUGAAACACCACUCUGAGCAGAUUUAAAUUGGAAUCUGAUAUAAAAUCUUUUCUCAAUGAAGAGAACAUUGGAAAUGAAUAUCUUUGUGAUAUUAUGAAUUCUGAACAAGAGUUAUCAGAACAAUGGAGCACAUAUCUUAAAAAUGUGAUAAGUCCUAUUCUGCAGCUGAGAACAGAUCUAAAGUAUAGGCAACAUAACAUUUCACAGAGUUCACAUGCCCAUAAGGAGUUUAAUUCAGUGACUGUACUGGAAGAGGUUGACUUUGUGAAGAAACAAUUGAAAGCUGUCUUUGAAAGACUUAGACUGGAGCAACAGGAAAUAGAAAGCGAUCUUUCAGGCUGGAAUAUAAAAAUACUGGAUUAUUGUUCAGAAGAGAAAACUAAUCUUAGUGAACUACCCAUGGAAUUAGAAACUUUGGAAUGUCCAUACCCUGAUUUGAAAUCUUCAAUUCUCAAAGAGUUCUAUAACUUUACAGAGAAAUAUCAAAAGAAACUUCAAGAUUUUGAUGUACAGUUAGAAAAUAUAAACAGAAACUUCCAACUAAGUGAAGAAGACCACUGGAUUUACCAGGCUAUUUUAGAUCAGUAUCCUGGAGAUCUCUUUGGCAGAAGGACUCUGUAUCUCGAUAUGUUACAAAGAUAUUUUCCUCACAAAUCUAGGCAUGACUUGGUAGAACAUGAGAAACACUGUGACCAAUAUCACUUUGCUAGGGAGCAGCGAAGGAUCUUGAUAGAAAAUUGGAAUAAGAAUAGGAAAGACUUUAUACAGAAGGCAGUACUUACCCUCCUUGAGGCCUGUGCAGCUCAUGAAAUGGAGAGCAUAUUGGCUAAGGACAGAAAAAAGCAACAAGACCUGUGUGCUGAUCUGAAAGCUAAGUAUGUGGAUGCCUUUGCCUAUGAGGUUUUCCAAUGGCGAGCUCACCAGGAAGAGUUGGAAAGACUGGAAAUUGAAAUUUCUUCCAGAAGAAGAGAAAAGGAAGAGGAGAAAGAGAAACUAUGGAAGAAGAAGGAAUUGUUGAAAAAAAAAGAGAAGAAGAAAAAGAUAAGGAAAUACUGGGCUAAGAAAGAGCAGAAGUGGCAAGAAAUGGAAAUGAGAGAUCUUCAACGUCUAGAAGAACUGAAGAAAUUAAUGGCUAAACAGUCAGAAAAAGACAGAGAAAGGGUUAAAUAUAGACAACAAUUAUUGGAAAAGCAUUUGAUGGAGAAAAAGGAACUGGCCCUUCAAGAAGUACAUGAAGAAGAGGAGAGAGAGAGGCGCCUAGAAGCCCUUAGAAAACAGGUUGCUGUUGUUGCUCAGUUUGAUCCUGUUAGAAUGAUGUCGGAUACAGUGGCAUCAAAAGCUAGAAUGGCUGUUGAAAUUGAAGAAGAGUUUAUUCUUCAAAAGCCCCUCUUUACAUUAAAUACAUACAAUGAACAGCAGAUAAUUUCUGACCCUCGACUUCGCUUUGAGUUAGCACUUCGUGAAGCUGGACUUCAUAAAACAUUGUACGCCAAAGAGGUCUUACCAAAAAUCAGUCCUCAGAAACCUCCAAGAAGGGACAUGGAAUCUACUAUAUUUAAAAUAUAGAACUCAUACUCAAAUUCUGUUAUAUGUAUAUAAUAUUUUUCUUUGAGAACAUUUGUACGAAUAACAAUAAUUACCACUUUCUAAAUUUUUUUAAAAUAUCAGACAUAGGAAUCAGCUUCUAUUAAAACAACUUUGCCUUUCUUUUAUAGCUCUAAGAAUUCUACAGUUUCCUGUAUCUUUAAGUUACAUUUAAUAGUACUAAAUUCCCCAAGAUUAUGGAGCUUAAUUAUGGCACAUAACAUCCACACUGUUGUCCAAGAGAUCACACUACCAUUUAAAUAAACUAUAUUUUGGAGGUUGGGUUAUCCAAUGAAAAGAACUCAAAAUAACCAUUUGUGAGAAUUAUAAAUAAUGAAGCUGCUACCUGCUAAUGUUCAUUUCUGCUUGUUACUUCUGACUUUUUAAUUAUGGAAGCUUUAUUAUCAUUAAUACUUCUAUUAUUUCUUGAUUAUUAUAAGAGGAGAUUCAACCUUUCUCUAAAUUUAGAAACCAAUUUGGUACACCAUGUUUACUGCAAACCAAUCAUCCAAACAAUUUCAUUUUGCAAAUUAGCCCUUAAGAAUAAAUUAGAAAUUAAAAUAGCAUUUCAAGCAUGGGAAUACCUCUUUUGGCUUGGAGAAAAAAAAAUUGUCAUUAUUUAGAAAGAAUACAUUAAAAAUUAUGAUCUUGGAAUGCUGUCAGAGUUCCAAAUUAUCUAGUAAAUAUCUAGAUGACUUUAUAGAAAGGAAGCAUUUCAAAUAAAACUCAAGCAUAAAA